AUGGCUUCGAAUCGUGAGGGUCGAGACGAUAUACUUUGGACAACCUAUCUCGAGGCUGCUGCGGACGAGGAUAAGACACGGCCGAAGGAUUGGGAAGGAAACACCGGGAGCAUCUUGACCUUCACCGGUCUCUUCGCAGCGACAGUAGCUGCGUUCAUUGUUGAAAGUUACAAGCUACUGUCACCGGACUCUGGCGAUCAAUCGGCUCUACUCCUUUCUCAACUUCUCGCCGCAACGGCGAACGUGUCAUCGGGCGUUCCAGUAACGAUCGCGCCUCCUGCUCCAUUCGAGACACCUACCUCAGCCAUCGCGACGAAUGUGCUCUGGUUCACGAGUCUCUUGAUCUCUCUCUUCUGUGCUUUAUUGUCGACUUUGGUACAACAAUGGUCACGCGAUUACGUUCGAGACAUCAAUCGCCGACAGGUGCUUAUCGAGGAUGCCCAAGACCGCGUUUGUAACCAUAUGUUCAUUCGAAUGGGCGUAGAACGAUACGGAAUGGAUAAAUUUGUGUCAUGGAUCGUUGCGCUGGUGCAUCUGUCCGUUUUCCUCUUCGCCGCGGGCCUUUCGGUUUUCCUUUCCCCCAUAAACUUGAUCGUCAGCAUCUCGAUAGGAUGCGUCCUCGGAACAUUUUCCACCAUAUAUGUUGUGGCAAGCUUUAUACCGCUGGCUGAUAGGAGCUGCCCCUACCGUUCACCCGUCACAUACCUGGUUGGCUUCAUGUAUCGACAUGCGCUUCGUGCGACCAGGGCCAUAGGAUCGGCGAUUCUGAAACGUGCACGAGUGCUCAUCCCUCAAGCAUUCUCGAGGGACCGCCAGGAGAGAGCACAAGCUCAAUCAGACGCCGAGCUUCACAACCUCUCGACUGUCAGUAUCCCAGAUUCAGAGGCGUCAUGGCGGACCACUCGUUACAUCAAAACGCGCGAUAGAGCCUUGACUCCCAUUUUUGAUUCCUCCAAGUUCUUGACUCCGCGCAUCAUGAUACUACUAUGGGAGUCCACGAGCCGGCAUAUUCACGAGGAUGAUUUCCUAUAUGUCGUCAAAAAUGUGCUACUCCUAGCUGCGAUAAGAGGCGGUGAUGAGUUCUGCGGCCAUCUUUGCUCUGAUAAUGAUUUCGCCGAGAGAUUGUACUCAUACAUCAAGACUGGUAUCGAGCAGCGCAGUGAAAUCGAAUGGGAUAUCUUUGCCCUCGUCGCUCGUCUAUCCGAGCAGUUGUAUGUGUACGAGAUAGAUCAUCCCGAAGCCAGCACCGAUUAUACGGACACUAUGCUCACAAGUGAUUACUAUUCACUGGUUCUCGGAUUAAUCACCAUGUUGGUGACCAGAGAUAGCCAGACACGCCCAUAUCCACCAUCAGUACGACUCAGGGCGCGUUUGUGUUUGGUGAGAGUUCGACACUCGUUCGUCGCACUGUGCCGUACGGCCUUUGAGAAAGGCAUUCCCUUGGCACUGGAGCAGAGACACGUCUCUCUCUUCACCGGUAGACGAAAGGUGAUUCAAUUAUUCACCAUCGACCUGGAGAUACUACCAGGGGCUCAUCCCGGGGGACUGUUACUCAUGUUAGCGAGGGGCAAAGGCUACGAUAUAAACAAGAGAUGGGGACUGCACACGGAGUCUUCGUUAGUACCCCUCCACGACGACGACUGUUGCCGGUCUUGGAGAUCGCCAUUAACGCUUGAUGGCCUCAUUCACUCCAAACUUUCGAACUGGUUGACUCUCCUUUGGCACGUCAUCAUGGAAACUGAGUCGAACGAGAAAGCCGAGAAUGCUGAUCUGGCCCACUUUCUGGAUGGGAUACAUGACACUGUGAGGCAGUCUUACCGAGCGUGGUUGGCAGAUAUGCCUCAGGUCGCGAGGAAGGCGCCUUCUCAGCAGUUCGUGAAGCUUUUGCAGGCAGUGGGGAUCAACCCAUCGCGAAUCCAGGACGGCGGCGGCCACCUCCUGGUAGACUCGUAUGACGCCCCACAACGCGCCUUUUUGACGGAGACAGCCGCUGGUAAGCACUGCCAUGUGAUCCUGCGAUACCUGGUUUUAUUCCCUCCAGUCCAAGCGAUACGUGUCAUGGUCUCUUUCCAAUGCGAUGGCUGCUCAGACGUAGUCAAGAAACCUAAACUUGAUCAGCACCGGAACAGAUGCGGGGCAUCUUUCACUUGCAUUGACUGCAGCACGACUUUUCCUGGUCCGGCACAGUACCGUUCGCACACGAGCUGCGUUUCGGAGGCGGAGAAGUACCAAAAGGCUUUGUAUAAGGGGCCCAAGACGAAAGGCAACCAGAACGGAGGACCACGCGGAGGAAAGCCGAACGGUGCGAGUGUCGAUACUGCCGCUGAACCUGCGUCGUCUGAAGUUGCGACGACUGCCGUCAUCUCCGAGGCAAACGGCGUGAAACGCAAGGCCGAAGAGCCAGCCGCCAGUGAGGCUACCUCUGAGCCAAAGAAGAAGAAGUCCAAGAAGUCGAAAACUGCCGAUGCGGAAACGACGACGGUCGAUGUACCAAUGACAUCCACGGAACCCGAACCCACGGCUGCUGCGAUCGCUUCAUCUUCAGAGCAGAAAGCCACGAAGGAGAAGAAGAGUAAGAAGGACAAGAAGUCGAAGAAGGAUAAGACGGAGGUCACAGAAGAACCCAUCGCUCCCGCUCCCAGCGCCGCGGAGGUUGAAGUGACGCCGGUGAAAGCGCCGGUGAAAGAGAAGAAGUCGAAGAAGGACAAGAAGGCGAAGAAGAACAAAGACGCCGCGCCGCAAGUCGAAGUCGUCGAUGGUGGCGCCGCGGAAGCGGAGGUUGUACGGGCUACCGCGGCGGACGCUGAGGCACCUGAAGCGGACGCUGUAGAGAGCGCGGGGAAGAGGGAGAAACGGGAGAAGAAAGAGAAGAAGAAGGCGCGCAAUUCGGAGGCGGAGGUGGAGAAUAUGAUUGUUGAAGAGGCUCCGGAGGCAGCCGCAGACGUGCAGGAGGAGAAGAGAGCCAAGAAGGAGAAGAAGAGCAAGAAGGCGCGAAAGUCGGAGGUGGGUGAAGAUGCGAUGGAGGUGGAUGCCGCGGCAGCCACGACAGACAACGCGGAGAAGGCGGAGAAGAAACGCAAACGAGAUAUGGUGGAGACUGUAGAUGAUGAGGCUGCUGCUAAGAGGGCGGAGAAGAAGCUGGAGAGGAAAAGGUCGAAGGCGGAGGUGGCGGCUUAG